AUGGCGGCGGCCGCCGGAAGCUCCCGCGUUCUCCCCGCGCUGAUGAUCCUCACCGGCGUCUUCUUCCUCCUCGUUGCUCCCGGCGGCGUCGCCGCGGGGGCAGCAGCCGCGCCGCCCGCGGGGCUGGAGUUCCGCGUGGGCGGGCCGCGCGGGUGGCGCGUCCCGGACGACAACACCAGCUACGACUGGUGGGCCAUGAACAACCGCUUCCACGUCGGCGACCACCUCUAUUUCAAGUACGCCAACGACUCGGUGCUGGUGGUGGACCGCCUGGCCUUCGACGCGUGCAACGCCAGCGAGCUGCUCGCCGCGUUCGCCGACGGCGCCACCAAGUUCCGCCUCGACCGACCGGGCUUCUUCUGCUUCAUCAGCGGCGAGGCGGGGCACUGCGAGGAAGGCCAGAGGCUCAUCGUGCGCGUCAUGGUGCACCCGGCCCUGGCCGCGGCCCCCGGCCCGGCGGCCUCCGCGCCUGGAGCUCCGACGACACAGCCGGGCGCGAGCCACGGCGGCGGCGGCGGGCGUCCCAGGCCGUCGGGGUGCUCGUGCUCCAACGCCUCCUCCGGUGUUGGCACAGCCGUCGCCGCCGCCACCGGCGUCGCCAUCGCGGCGGCAAUGGCUACGGUUGUUGGUCUCGUCUUGAUGCUCCAGUGA